CACUUCCCCUACUCUCUUCAUCACUCAUCAUUCCAUACACAUCUCAUUUUGCAAACAAAAAAAAUCUAAGAGAGAAAUAUGGCUGGUCUAAUGAAGUUGGCAUGCUUGAUCUUCGCCUGCAUGAUCGUGGCCGGUCCAAUCACAUCGAACGCGGCUCUGAGUUGUGGCACCGUUAGCGGCUACGUGGCACCUUGCAUUGGCUACCUGGCCCAGAAUGCGCCGGCCGUUCCCACAGCGUGCUGCAGCGGCGUUACUAGUCUAAACAACAUGGCCCGUACAACCCCAGACCGUCAGCAAGCUUGCCGUUGCCUUGUAGGAGCCGCUAACGCCUUGCCUACUAUCAACGUUGCCCGUGCAGCUGGACUUCCUAAGGCAUGUGGAGUCAACAUUCCUUACAAGAUCAGCAAAACCACCAACUGCAACAGUGUGAAAUGAGCGGCGGUCGGAUGAAGCUAAUGCAGACGUUCAAGUAUUAUGUAAUGGAUGAGCGAAUACUAAAAUAAGAUGUUCCAAUGGUUGUUGUUUUUAGAGUUUUUCAAUUUCCUGUCUUUUAUGUUGUGACGUUCCUAUUACUUUGGUCGUUUGUACUAUGUUCACAAUCAACGUUAUAUGAAUUUCAGAUCUAAGUUUUACGUUUUA